AUGCAACAUAGGCAUUGUGUUGAGGCGGUUGAUUGUACAUUGAGGGAUAUUUGUGAUAGUGAAAAGCCAUUUAGGGGUAUUACUGUUGUUCUUGGAGGAGACUUUCGACAAAUCUUCCUAGUUAUACCCAAAGGAGUUCGUGAGCAAAUUGUGAAUGUAUCAUUAAGACACUCUGUUCUAUGGAAGCAUAUAUGUAUCUUGACUUUGGAUUUGAAUAUGCGCUUGAAUCAUGAAGGCCAUGAAAAUGCUAAUUUUGCAAAUUUCUUGAUGGAGAUUGGGACCAAUCCUCAAGAAAUCGUUAACCUUCCGUCAACAAUACACAAAUGUCAAGAUUUGAAUGAAUUACUCUCUACAGUUUAUCCACAAUUGAAUAUGACAGAGACGUCAACCCCAACCCCAACAUUUUUAACUGAAUGCACAAUUCUGUCUGCGUGUAACGAUGAUGUCAGUGACAUUAAUACUACUGCGUUGAAUAUCUUUCCAGGAAGAUUAUAUACUUAUCUUGUAGAAGAUAAAAUGUCUGAAGAUAAUGAAAUUGAUCCUACCAUUACAAAUCGAUAUCCUAAUGAGGUUAAUUUGCGUAUACCAGUGUUUAGCCAUGGGCAAUUAUAUGUGGCAUUGUCUAGAUGUACAUCUUUUGAUUGUAUAAGUAUUCUCCUCCCUAAAGAUAAUUUGGAUUCUACUACAAAUAUUAUUUAUCCUGAAGAUUGGACUGAAAAAUCUAUGGAGCUUAAAAGGAGAAAUACGACUACCUUGCUUCGAUGCGGAUGUAAUAAGGUUGGUGUGAAGGGGGUGAAGAAGGCAUGGAGAGCAACUCAUAUCUGUGGUGUGUUUGGAGAGAAAGAAAUCCCGAACCUUUAA